AUGUCUCUUGAGGAGUUGCGGACUGAGCUGGAGGCCCUAAAGGUGCAAAACGCGGCUCUACAAGCCCAGCAGAACCAGCCUUCAACAUCUGACACACCUACAUCCGACACCACGGCACCAACAAAAGGCAUAUGCGGUGUUACAGUCAAACUGCCUCCGUUCUGGGCCGACCGACCAGCGCAGCAGCGGGUCGAGCGACUGUUAAGCAGCGAGGAGCUCGGAACCCGCAAGCCGUCCGCUUUCCUCCGCCACCUACAGUCUCUUGCAGGCUCAUCUAAAGAUGACAGCAUCUUAAGGCAGUUAUGGAUGAGACGGCUACCAGGGCAAGUCCAAGCAAUUUUGACUGCUCAAUCUGACAUCAGCUUAGACAAACUUGCAGAGCUGGCUGACAAAAUAAUGGAAGUCACUCCUGGUCCACAACAAGCAUGUCAGGUAACUAAUAAUUCGGGACAGCCUGAUCUCAACGCUGUAAUGGCCCGUCUCGAGCAGCUCACACAGCAGGUUGCUGCUAUGACUACAAGAGGGCAGCGUGGCAGAUCCCGGAACAGAUCAUCAUCGCGCAGCAGAAGCCGAACCAACUCCCCGGCCAGCGGCGCGAGUCGGCUGUGCUGGUACCAUAAAAAGUUCAAUACAAGAGCUACCAAAUGCAACCCGCCUUGCAACUGGAACAACUCGGAAAACUCGAACAGCGGUCAGUAA